AUGAUAAACGAUAUCUUUAGAUACAAGUACGCGCCAAAACAGAAUUUGAAAGAAAAGAUUGAAAAAAUGAAUGAGAAAAGGAAAAAUGAGAGAUUCUUCAAGAAGAUUGACAAGUUUGAAAAAUUUACUUUCAUCAAAAUACUAAGUGAUUUUUGA